UCCAAGUCCGUCAGCUUUGGCUUCUUUUGCGUGUAGCCUUGACCCUAAUUGACACAAGUAACCAUAAAGCCCAAAACCUUCUUCUUCGUCCUUUCCAUCCAUGGAGACGAAACCGGAGCCGCACCGCCAGAACCACGUCCGCCACGAGGAAGCCCAGGAGGGGGAGCAGGCAGCAGUCAUGGAACACGGCGCUCUCUCGCUGCAGCGCGGAGUCACCAACUUGUUCGGCAGGCGGCACGACGAGAAGCAGGCGGUCGGCCGCCGGGGCGAGAUCAGGGAGGUGGACUUCUUCUCGAGGGUCUCCAGACCCCGGGACCAGGACAGCGGCGGCGGCGGCGGGCGCGGGGUGUCCGGAGGCGGACGUGACGACGUCUACAUCGAGCUCGACCUGCUGACCACCACCACAGCUGCCACGACCUGCGCCGGCGACGAAGUGAUGCAGACCAAAAAUCAAAAGAUAGAGGCUUCAGCUGUGGAAGCGGAGCUCAGGCGGGUAGUGGAGGAGAACCGGCGGCUGCGCGGAAUACUGGAGGAGCUCACCCGGAGCUAUGGCGCGCUGUACCAACAGCUUCUCCUUGUCACGCAGGGUCAGCACCACCAACAUCGACUGCAUCCUGCCGAUCUCAUGAUCAGUAGGCCAUCACUGGCUCAUACCCACCUGACCAGCACCGCGGCCUCGCAGUACAGCGCGUCCACUCGGCUGCUGCUGGAGGCGCGCGCGUCGUCCUCCGCCGUGGCGCAGCCGCGUGCCGUCGAGGACGAGGUUGUCAGCGGCGCCGGCGACGGAGCCGGGGUCGUCGAGGCGUCGCCUUCGCUGAGCAAUGGAGGAAACAACGACAACGACGCCGCCGCGGCCGACGGCAAGAGGAAGACGUCUCCACCGAGAGAGAGUGGCGAGCAGGCGGCGGCGUCGUCGGAGCUGCCGGGCCGGAAGGCGAGGGUGUCCGUGCGCGCGCGGUCGGAGGCGCCAAUGAUUAGCGACGGGUGUCAAUGGCGGAAGUACGGGCAGAAGAUGGCCAAAGGUAACCCAUGCCCGAGAGCAUACUAUCGGUGCACAAUGGCUGUGGCAUGCCCCGUGAGGAAGCAGGUGCAACGGUGCGCCGAGGACAAGACAAUUCUGGUGACGACAUACGAGGGCCACCACAACCACCCGCUACCGCCGGCGGCCACGACCAUGGCGAACACCACGUCCGCCGCGGCUGCCAUGCUCCUCUCCGGCCCGGCCACCAGCCGCGACGGCGCGGCUGCCCUCCUCGGCCACCCGGCGGCAGCGCUGUUCCACCACUCCAGCAGCAGCAUCCCCUACGCGUCCACAAUGGCCACGCUCUCCGCCUCCGCGCCGUUCCCCACCAUCACCCUCGACCUCACCCAGCAGGCGCCCGGAGGCCUGCUGCCCCACGGACUGCAUCGCCCGCCCGGAGGAAUGCACCCCGUGGUGGCCGCCCCGGCGGCGGCGAUGCCGUUUCCUGCACCAUCGCCGCUGGCGAUGUUCCUUCCGCAGCGAGCGCCCACGGUGCCGACCGGGCUGCCGGUCGCGCCGCGGCAGCAGCAGCAGCAGCAGUCGGUGAUGGAGACGGUGACUGCAGCCAUCGCCGCCGACCCCAACUUCACCACGGCGCUUGCGGCAGCCAUCUCGUCGGUCAUGGCAGGAGCAGCGCAUCAGGCUCAGCAGCCUACUCCACGUGCGAGCAACAUCAUCGGCAUCCCCGGGGAUGAGGCCAACGGCGGCAGCGCGGGUGCCGCCACAGCAGGUCCGAGUCCGACGACGACGGCAGCCGGAGCACAUGCGGCGUCCGGCGGAUCGCCUCGGUUCGCGACGCAGUCCUGCACCACGUCCACAACUUGAGGGAACUGAUGAGUACACGUACGUGCUGAGUUUGGCGAUCACAGACCAUCCAUCUGCUGCACUACUUCGACUACGACUGUCUGUAAAAUUGAUGAGUGUAUUAUGUUUAUUAUGCACAGAAAUGAGAUAUACCGAACCAUACUUGUUGUAUUAUGUACAGAUGAAAAUUGGAAAUAUACAGUAGUUUUAGCUGAAUUAAUUAGGCGCGUA